AUGCACAUCGAGCGGGACGAGUCGACGGGCGAUACGCUUCCCUCGUCGAACCUCGAGAGCACUGACAUUGGCUCUCCGCGACCUCGCCCUGUUUCGGUAAGAUCUUUGAUUGACGUCACGAGGGAUUCCACCUGUCUUAACAUUUGAACUCAAUCGGCGACGGGUAAGACGAAGGAAAACAAUUAUCAAAUAAACUGAGAAUGCUAUUUCUGGGCGGUGGGAACGUUCCAGAUUUGUGUAAGAGUACGUGCGAUUCACACGGAAAGUUCUUGAGAUCGGAGGGUGUCACAAGUGGAAGAACAGGGUUACGAUCAACAUUCAGGACUAGCAAGGUGUCGGAUUCUCACAUUGUAAUCUGGAAGUAUCAAAAAUAAUUAUUGCACUGUUCGCUUUCCAAAUAUCCAAACUAACAACCUCCUCUUUUCUUUUCCUUGUCCUGGAUUUCACGAGCACUAACGACCCCCGCAUCCCUACAGUACUUCUCAGAUUCCCGCGGAGCCACGUGGCCAUCCGUACCCGGUGCUCCCUCCGAUCGUUCCCAAACGACUUGCACCUCCGCCGCGUCGGCAAUAUUCGGCGAUGACGUCCUGCUACAACUGCUGCGGCCUUCGAAAAGUGAGUGUGGUCCUGCGUGUCUCACUUCCGCACACUGUCCCUAUGGCUACGUCCCACACCUUCAGGUUUCUGUCGUGAGAAUUGCCGUGCGCUUUCCGGCCUAAUUUGAUAACUCUUUUCUGCUCUUGUCCUGCAACUCACAUAUUAUCAACAUGUGUGGUCAUAGACUGCUUUGCUGACAGAGGAAACAAUAGGAAUUGGGGAGUUAUAAUGAGAAGCCGCAUCUACUUCAUUUCGAAUUUCUGUCUACGCUUCACUGAUAUUCGGUUCCUUUUCACUGAUUCGAUGGAAUCAGAAACCACACUCUGGUGCACUUCGCAUCCAACUAACUCGGCGAAUAAAUACCACUUCUGAAGAAAGUUUCUCGCACUUUCAAAAUUUCCACAUACUUUGAUACUUAAUGAACAUAUGACUCACUCUCUAAUGCUAAUCUGCUACUGUCUAUCAGAGUGUGUUCUUGUGUUUCUCUCUUCGAAACUAAUUGUUUGUCAGAAGUUAGAAGACGUCCACCCUCUCAUUUUGCACGGACCACUUCGUUUCGGGCGCUCUUCCUAUCCCAGCCUACAUGCUCCCUUUGAGAAGAAGCAGAAGAAAGGUAACGCGAUUUCUGAAACCGCAUUAGAUUGCGACGCCAUUCCACCUGCCGCCCGUCGUUUCGGUUUUCCUUCGGAGCAUGUCACGCGCACUCACUUCUUCUUCUUCUUCUUCUUCUUCUCGUUCUCCUAAUCACACCUUCUGAUGACCUUCCUCCCUCGCGCACAUUUAAAAGAUCACACUUCCGUCGUUUCCAGAAGAUAAGUGCCCCUCUGAACAGCGUGAAUACGAGUCAGAACGCGGCGGCGCUCAAUUCGGAAGCCAUCAAUCCUUCCUCUUCGUCGAAUCGUUUGUCUUCUAAUCAGCAAGAGGUAACUCUGCUCGGCUGCUCGAAAUCAGAGCAGCGUGAGUAAUUGGGCGGCCGAGAUCAACUUUUCAUUUCUCCAGAAGCUGGCUCAUCCAAACGAACCGCAUAAUAUCGAGUCGCAAGCCUCUGCGACCUCAGACAUUAGCUUCGGAUUCCUGCUGUGUGGCCGGUUGUCAUUCACGACACAAGUUAACAAUAGGUAUGGGAACAUGAAGAGAGUACUCUAUACACUAGAAUCUGGUUGAUAACCUGAUUAGCCUAACCUGAUAUUUCUGUUUCCAGUUUAGUCGGCAUCUGAAACGUGAAUUAUGCAGAAGAAAAGAACACAUUUCAGGGUGAACGUAUGCGGCGGCGCAGAAAUGUCCGUUGGCGAGAUGGUCAGAAAGAACAGCCUGAUCAACCGACAAUUGGAAAAGGAUAGGAUCGCAAUGAAAGGAACGCUCAAGAUCCUUUUGCUCGGAGGGCCCGAGUGCGGCAAGAGCACCAUCUUCAAGCAAAUGAGAAUCAUCCACUUGAACGGAUUCUCUGAUUUAGACUACGUCAACUUCCGGUACCUGAUCUACAGUAACAUCAUGCAGGCGAUGGAUCAAUUGCUGGAAGCAGCCGAACAGCUCAGUUUUCCCCCAGAUGACAGUCCUGUCAUUAGACGAUCUCUCAACCAUUACAAGUCGUACAAGGGACAGUAUAGGAAUUCAGAAGUGGAACUGAACAGAGAUUUGGCCAGUUCGCUCAACAAAUUGUACAAUGCGGAGUUUAUCAAAUCAGUUUUGAACCGGAAAAACGAGAUCGACCUGCUGGAUUCUGCUACAUAGUAAGUCCGCGUGUUUUGAAACCGAGAGAAAUCGUGUCUUUUGCAGUUUUCUUGAUGAUCUGGAAAGAAUUGCCGCACACGAUUACAAGCCCACACAAAUGGAUGUUCUCAAGGCGCGCGUCCCGACCACCGGCAUCACAGAGAUUGAAUUUCCGUUUCGGGAAGCCAAUUUAAGGUAUUGACGAAGGAAAAAACGUGUUUGAGCUUAACAAUUUCAGAAUGGUCGAUGUUGGCGGGCAGCGGUCAGAGCAGAGGAAAUGGGUAAGUUAUUCAGAGAAGGAGCAGCUGCAAACUGUUUUCUCUCUUGCAGAUUCACUGUUUUGACAACGUGAACGGAGUGCUGUUCAUCGCUGCCAUAAGUGGUUACAAUCUGUUCGUGGACGACGAAGAGAACAGAGCUGAAGACGGAACGCCCGGACGGAAGAACCGUCUCAGAUACUCUAUGGAGUUGUUCAAACGGAUAGCCAACCAUCAGUGCUUCAGCAAGAAGACGGCCAUCAUUCUGUUCCUGAACAAGAUUGACAUUUUCAAAGAGAAGAUCACAAAGUACUCGCUGGACCGUUGUUUCAAGAACUACAAAGGGCCUCAGUCGCUGGAGCCGGCGGCCAAGUACGUGGCCGACAGGUUCUCGCGGCUCGUCAGUGCGGACAUCCAACACGAGAAACCGAUGUACUCGCACUUUACGAAUGCGACAGACACUCGCAACAUUGACCGGGUAUUCGACAGCUGCAUGGACGUCGUCUUCAAGAUUUCCAUGGAGAAAGUCGGAUUCAUGUGA